AAUUUGGACAAAGUUGUGGAUUUACCUUGUCGAUGGUUAAACAGGUAUGAUCUACUUGAAACCAAGUUGAAACUUGUUUAAAAUGUUCUUGAUACCAUUAUGUCUGAGAUGAUUUACAUUUUUUGCAGGAUGUCGACGAGAUCGCCGAUAAACAGCGGAGUAAAGUGGAGAAUUUGGCCAAAAACGUCCAUUGGCAGGAGGUAGGCACAUUAGGCAGAAUUAUUAUUUCGGUCAGAAAAUAUUAACUAUUUUACACCAAACCAGUGAUAAUAUAUUUAAAUAAGUACCAUUUAUGUUUCUAUCAAAAAGAUUUAGGGAAAAAGGUAAUGUAAGUCCACUGCUGUUUAUCUGAAUUUGCAAGCCACAAAUUGACGUUUAACUGUGAUUAUUGCAUGGCCAUUUUCUUGUGAAAUAUUAGUGCUAGGCAUUUCACACUUACCAAUGACCACCCCCAAAAGUACCAUCUCUGAACCAUAUAAGCACCUCAGAAUAGCCAAAGCUUUUAUGGUUUGGUAGAUAGCAGUAUGGCGAAAGCGUCGUUUUUGGGUGUGGUCAGUUUCGGAUGUUUCGCCCCGGAUUGGGGUUCGGGCAGCGUUACCAUGUUGACUGUCAUGGUCAACUUACCCUAAAACAGUUGAGAUUAUCUGUCCUAAAUGAAAUGCAUACAAACUCAUAUACAUGAGGUCCUAGACUAUGUGAACAGAAUUUGAUCGCAAAUUCGCGAAAAUAUACAGCGUAAAUACAGUGACUUUUUCGAUAAAACAUACGAAAUUUGAAAUGGAAAACCCGCUAAACAGAGAGCCAAAGUAGUUUUGAAGAUUCUCGACCUGAAUAUGUGAAGAUUGCGAAGCGUUUGAUCAACAAGUGACAGAUAGUGAUGUGCGUAAGCUACUUAGUAAUUCUAAGAUGAAGUCCUGCCUAAUUGACCCGGCUCCUACUUUGGUAUUGAAAGAAUGCAAUGAAUCGUUACUUCCUAUUUACACUAGGAUAAUUAACCUCUCUUUGCAAAGUGCAGUAAUGCCAGAACCCUUAAAGAUCGCAAUGUUAGAUCCAUUAUUAAAGAAGGUCAAUGCUGACUCUGACAUGUUUCAAAACUUUAGACCAGUUUCGAAUCUUAAAUUUUUGUCAAAGCUUGUCGAGAGGGCUGUGUUUGUUCAACUCAAUGAAUAUCUUGUCGAAAAUGAAUUACACGAAGUCUUUCAGUCAGCCUACAAGUCAUUUCAUAGCACUGAGACAUCUCUAUUAAGGGUGCAAAAUGAUAUUUUGCAGUCUUUGGACAAGAAGCAAUCGGUCAUCCUCGUUCUUCUUGAUUUAUCUGCUGCAUUCGACACCAUUGGGCACGAGAUUUUAUUAUCUAGAUUGGCUGAACGAUUCGGAAUCAGUGGAAAUGUUCUUGCUUGGUUUAAAUCGUACUUGUCAUCUCGUAGUCAGUUUGUCAAUAUCAAUGGCACUUAUUCUUCCACCCACAAUCUCAAAUAUGGAGUUCCACAAGGUUCUGUCCUCGGCCCCAUUCUCUAUUUGCUUUAUACUGCCCCUGUGGCUGAUAUCAUUAGGAGGUAUGAUCUUGAUUAUCAUAUAUAUAUGCUGAUGAUACUCAGCUAUAUGUGUCCUUUGAGGCGGAUAGUGACGUCGACUUGGUGAAGGCUCGUAUUGAAAACUGUAUAGUUGAAAUACGCCGGUGGAUGCUCUUUAAUGGAUUAAAGAUCAAUGAUGAUAAAACAAUAUCAGUUCUUAUGCACUCGAAGUUUCGGCCUUGUCCUUCACUCCGCGAUUCAAUCAAAGUUGGAAAUGACUUGAUUCCUUUUUCGGGUUCGGCUACCAAUCUUGGUGUGAUUAUGGAUGAGACACUCUCCUAUGAUGAUCAUGUUAAGAAAGUUUGCAAGUCCUCAUUCUUUCAUUUGAGGAAUAUUUCUAGAAUUCGCAAAUAUUUGACAAAAAAAUCAGUGGAGGUCAUAAUCCAUGCCUUGAUAACAACGAAGUUGGACUACUGUAAUUCACUCAUGUACGGCUUGCCUAAACGUCUUCUUUCGAAGCUGCAAUCAGUCCAAAAUUCGGCUGCUCGGAUUGUUACCUUGUCUCGGAAAUAUGAUCAUAUCACACCACUCUUAAUUCAACUACAUUGGCUUCCUGUUCACUACCGAAUCGUUUUUAAAAUUCUUCUAUUGGUUUAUAAGUCAAUGAACGGAGCCUGUCCACUCUACUUGUCUAGUUGUUUGCAACAUCGAACAUCCACCCGAUCCCUCCGCUCAGUUGCAAAUAAGCUUUUACUGGUGCCUUCUUCCAAAAGUAAAACUUAUGGUGACAGAUCCUUCGCUGUAUGUGCUCCAAAACUAUGGAACAAACUUCCACACAGUUUGCGAAAGGCAUCCUGUAUAUCGACUUUUAAAAAGGAUCUCAAAACUUAUCUUUUUAAACUUUUUAUUAAUAAUAGUUCCCUGUAUCUUUCUUUUGAUUGAUAUAGCUGGGUCUGUAAGUUUAUUUAAGUAUACAGCAUGUACAUAAAUGUAAAUAAUUGUAUCGACUUCUUCUUAUUUGUGAAGCGCCUUGAACUUUUGGAUAUGUGCGCUAUAGAAAUCGAGGAUAUUAUUAUUAUUUCAUGGUCUGAUGAAUUUCAACGCUUACGUGUUGCUACUUGCUGAAUAGCAAUGUAUCGAUCAGAAAUUUAUUCAUACAACUAAACGUCUCAAUAAUUGGAAAUUUACUUCAAAGUCGAAAGGUAUCGUACAAUGAAACUUUACAAUGCGAGUAUAUUUGUAAAAUUAUGUGCAAGAAUUUCUGUUCAGAAUUUCCCGUGCAGGAUUGUCUGAUCCUGCACGGCUGUUGACCAAUCAAAUUGCGUGUUUCACUGUAGUUAUUAUAUAAUAGAAUUUGAUUCAAUAGUAAGAACAAAUAUAUCAUUUUAAACUAGCCUCCUCCGCAGGCAACUGUGUAGUUUUGCAACGUUAUUGACCAUAAAAGAUUUAUCAGGAACGUAGAAAAUACAUUCAAGGAAAUAGUUUAAAUAUCAUAUCGUAUUUCAGAACUAUUUCCUUGUAUUUUCUACGUUCCUGAUAAAUCUUUUAUGGUUAAUAACGUUGCAUAACUACACAGUUGCCUGCGGACAAGGCUAAUUUUAAACGAGGCUUACAGAUUUCACCGUAAAAGUCUUAAAUAUUAUAAUAUUCGACCUGACGAUAUCUCUUUCCGAUUGAGUUGCUAGCUGUCGUGAACUUCGCGACCUUUAUUAAUUUCUUUCUUCUUGCUUUUGAUAGUCUAGGAGUAUCACUUCUGACUUCAGUGUUCUGACCUCCAAUUACGUUCUGACUUCUCACUACCAAACUCUUUUGCGAAAUCGGGCAAAAUUAAUGGGGUGUAAAUAACUGGGGAUGGGGGAUCAGGGAAACAGGAAUCAUCCGCGAAAUGGGGGAUUAUUGUUGCUAGAAGACCCGGAUAGAUCCACUAAGCACUAAUUGUAAAUAUAGUUUUGCUAACAAGAUGAGUUAUCAAUAAUUUCUGCUUAUUUCCUGAUCGAUUAUACAGGUCAAUCUAUCUAUAGAGUGAGGAGUGUUCAUAACAACCAUCAUGAAGAUCGUUCGUGGACUUUCUCGUGCCGACCUGACUCCAAAAUCACAGCUACAUGUCAGUGGUCUGGAUUUGAGAAUUCCUUGGACCACAAAUUAUUAUACCAAUGUCCAAAUGGAGUUAUUACAGGUUAUAUGCUAUAAUCUUUAACAAUCCUUGUGUCAUGGCUAUCUUCGACAAACGUCUAAUUUUGAACGCCGCUAAAAGCAUUGUUUCAAUAACCAAAGUUAAAUAUAUGCUGAUAAGUGCCAGAAGUCAAUUGAUUAUGUCAAUCUUAAGAUUCGUUAUCAAUUACUGGAAAUUAAACAUUUCAUCAAUUCGUUUAAUGCAAUGUUAUUUUAAAGGUGAUCUACAGUCCGUAUGUAAACAAAGCCUUUGUUUACAUUUUUGUGUCCAAAAUAUUGAGCUUUAUUCGACAACUAUUUAUAUUUUCAAGCUUCUAGAGUAUAAUAAAUGAUCAAGAAACAACAAUCAGGCUUUCAAGAACUCAAAACAUAGUUAAACUGUUUGUAUCAUAAAAAGUGGGCUCAUUUGUGCACAUGCGCAGAUCGGACUGUAGAUCACCUUUAAAAUAAAUAAAGACAAACGAAGUAAAACUGCUAGCACAAUGCUCCAUAUUUGCAAUAACACCAACAGCGACAGAAACAUGCAGCGCCACAACAACAGCGACAGAAACAGCGAUAGUAACCACAACAGCAUAACAACUGGAAAAGUAGCAGAGUAAUUAAGUUGGAUCUAAUUCCACACCAUUAUCUACAACAUAUUAUAUAUUCUUAGUAAAAUAAUUUGAAUUUAUUUUUUUCCAAUAAAUUAGGUGUGCACUCUAUACACAACAACCGAGCUGAAGACAGAAUAUUUAGAUUUAGAUGUUGUAACACCCAGAAUAAUUGCGCACGUGAUUGUGUUUGGUCUCGCUAUGUCAAUGACUUCGAUAGAAUUGUUGACUACACCGUACCCAGUGGCUAUUUUCUCACCGGGGUACACAGUGUUCACGACAAUGGAAGAGAGUAAGUCCAACCAUAGCAUAUCGAAAGAGAGAGUGGCUGUGAAACUCAUUAGAAUAUCAAUUUAAUUAUCUAUAUAAUAUCAAUAUAUUAUCUGUGUUAGUCAACAUGUAUUCAUAAAUAUGGUCCUUCACUGUCACGUGUGUAUUGUAUUUCUGCCAAAUCCACCAAUAGCAAUUUCCAGUUUGAAAGAGUUUCCCUAUUGUUCGAGUCACGGAUAGGAGACUUUCCUAAAACAUUGCUAUUGGUUAGUUGGAUAAACAUACAAUACACACGUGACGGUGAAGGACCAGAUUUAUGAAUAAACGUUGACCACCAUAGAUAAUGAGUUAUAUUGUUAUUCUAAUGAGUUUCACAGACAUCUCCCCUUCGAAAGGCCAUGGUCCAACACAUAUUCAACUCGGUUUGUUUGUCUUUCAACAAGAUAACUGAAAAAGUUAAAGACCAUGUAAAGUCCGUUCUACGCAUACGUUCUGCGCAGUCCUACAUUCCAAUGGCCCGACCAUUGGAAUGUUAUGAAUAUUUCCAACCUUCCGAACUUUCUUGAGUUGAAUCUGUAUUCAUUUACAACCAUAGCGAAUCAUAUUUUACAACUACAGCACUGAGUUCAAAAUGUAAACAAUUAAGCGUUGUUUACAUUACAGACUUUACAUGGCCUUUAAAAAAGUUUAAUAUGACAGUUUAGGCGGCAUAAACAGCGGGCGACCCGUCGGUCAAAAUGGUUAAUUAGAUAUGGAUGAAAAUUGGAUAAGAAAUGAAGGUCGUAUAACACUAAUAACAGGGGUCUUUGCUGUCAGCAAGAUAUCAGUUUCGAAGUUGCUGAUGCAUCCCAUUUAAAUUAAGAUAAUUUGUCAACUGUUAGUUUCACUUACAUAUUAUAUGUUAUGCUAUGUCAACUGUUAGUUAGUAUAUGUUAUCACAUGUUAUGCUGUUUACCCGAUUCAGUUGGAAUCACUCAUUAUGACGUCACGUCUCUUAUCAUUUUUCGUUAUAUUUUCUUAGGGAUAGACGAUGGGAAUUCCUCGCUUGUAGACACGGUUGAUGAAGAAAAAUUACCGAUGUUUUUCUAAUUUUACAAACGUUUAUGCCUAAUUACUCAUCACUCUUUUUCUAUUAACACGUAAUUUUGAUGCAUGUGCUUGUAACGACUUUCAAUUAAUUUUCAUAAUAAAACACAGUCUCUUGUACAUUUUACACUUUUAACCCGUGCCUCAGGCUCCCCCAAUUGCUGGGGAGUCUGCGUAGAUUACCAUUGUAAUAUAUAACAUGUUCGAUAAUUUAUUCAUAUUAACUAAAUAAAUUUAAUUAAUUAUUGCACACAAAAA